CGUUCGUUGGGUGUAAACCGUACGCUUCGUUUUCUUCGUAAAUGCAAGGUAAUUUGUUUAUAAUUAAUUAUUUAUUAAUACUUAUUAUCGUUUUUAAUUGCGAUAGGAACACUGAAUGUUACUUUGAUUAUUAUCGAUCGCACUGUGUCUUUAAGGAAUAUGAUUUUCACGUCGCGACUACAUUUGUCUCCGUAAUGGCAGCGUUAUUCUUUGUGUAUUCUUAUUAUAGGGAAGAAUGUUUGAUCUGUCUGAAUAUUUAAUCAUGGUGAUGUAGUUGCUGCCUCAACUGCCUCAAUACAUUGAAAAAUGGAUGCAACUAAACCAAACAAAGGGUUUAAGAAAAUGGAAUUUGGUUUUCACUCGUUCGAAGAACAAAUGUCUGCAUUUCUAUAUGUUGGAAAAGAAUUUGCUCUUUAUCAUCCAGGAAAUUUGUUUGCCCAUAAUUAUUUUUUAGCGGUAAAUGUAGGAUGUAUAGAGAAAUUAGCUGCGGAUGAAAAUAAGCAACUAUUACCCAUUGAAAUUAUUUUAAAGGCAUUUGAAAGUGAUCUUGUUCCACACUUUGAAACAUUAAUAUUCGCGUUAGCAGUGUGCAGCAAACAAGUUUACAGUGAAAGUUUACGUCAUGCGGCCUAUGCAAUUGUAGGAAAAAUUUGUUCGUUGCCAGAACAUUUUAUCUUAUUCAUAAAAUUUGCAUCUGAACUAAGUAAACGCAAAAUUACAAUGUCGCACCCUUAUAAGCCAAGCCAUGGCUGGGGUCAUGGAUUGCGUAAAGCUGUUAAUAAUUGGUACCUUUCCAAGGAACCAUUAGAAUUGGCAAAAUGCGUAACAAGAUGCAAAGGUAGAUAUGGGUGGAAGCAUAAGGAUAUAGUGAAACUUUCGCAUCCGCAUCCUGAUACACCAGAAAAAGAAGUGAUACUCAAAUACAUAAUGCACGGUUUGGAAAAAACUAAAAAAUCAUUUGGGGAUAACUUGGGUGUACAAGAAUUGAUUGAAUAUAUACAAAAAGUUGAAGACUUUAAACAUUGUAAUGAUAAAGUUCAGGCAGCUGGCCUUCUAGAAAAGUACGAAUUAACAUUGGACCAUGUUCCUGGUCAUAUGUUAAAAUCUACAGAGAUUUGGAAUUCAUUGAUACCAUCAAUGGAUUUACAUACACUUUUGAGUAAUCUGCAAAGGAUACACAAUUUGGGAUUAUUGAAGGCAAAUGCUCCAGCUGUUGAAAAAAUCAUAGAUGAGAUUACUAAUAAGGAAAGAUUAGCUCGCAGCAAUAUACAUCCAAUAUUUGUCUAUAUUAUUUUAAAAAAUUAUGAAAAUUCUGGAAAGCCAUUGUCAUACGAGAAACGAAAAAUGAAAGAACAAGCAAAGAAACCAUUUCCUCCUCCGCCGAAACCAAACUCUAAGAUUAUAAGCGCGCUAAACGAAGCAUUCGAACUUUCGGUUUUGAAUCUCAAAUCAACUGGGUUGCGUUACAUGAUAACGAUUAAUGCUAAUAAAAUAAUGUGGAAGUGUCCUACAUGGCGCAGUGGAAAUGUGAAUGCAGCAGAAGCUGGUUUUUUAAUAGCAUAUGCACUUUCUCGAUGCGAAAAGGAUGUCACUGCUGCUGCAUUUGACGUUAUCGACGUUCAUAUUAUCAAUUUGAAUCAGUCACUCUAUUUUUCUUCGCUAAUGAAUGUGUAUCAGCCUAUGCCAAAUAAUAUUAUUCGCUUAAGUAGCCCGAUUAUAUGGGCUUCUCAAAAGGGUUAUCAGUAUGAUGUAUUUAUUAAUGUAAUGGACGAUAUAGUAAACUACAACGAAUGUGAAGAAGUCUUUGAAAACUACAGAGAACAAAUGAAUCUUCCACAUACGAAGUUAAUAAAUUGCGUUGUCUGUUCUUCAAAAGCAUACAAAGAGGAUAUAUACAACAGAAACAUUUUAACAAUUUAUGGUUUUGACGCAACCGUACCUAUGGUUAUACAAGCAUUUGCAAAGUCACUCUUUUGAAGAUCAGUUAUUUGUAUAUUGUGAUGUGAUACACACAUGACAUAACUCCAUUCUCGUGAAGAAGAAAUUCGCCGUUUAAAAUUUUAUGAAAUGCUAUAAUACGGUAAUUCUUGCAAAGGUAAAUCUCUACAGAAAUUCAUUUCUCAUUUCUAUACGAUUUUUCGUAAUGAUCUUACGUGUCGCAAGUUUUUUAUAAUUCACUACGUGAGAGUGCCUUUUGAGAUAGAGAAAAAUUUCUUGAGGGUUACAAAACAAUAAUGUUAAAAUCUUAUAAAGGAAUCAAGGACAAUUAGCGAAUAGAUGAAAUUUCAAAUUAAAACAGUAUGCUUGAUGUAAUACUGUGUAAAAUGAAACUAAAAACGUUUAUUUUAAUUUAAUUGGUCAAUGCCUGGACUUAUAAGUACUAGAAAAUCCUGUGACGGGAUAUGGUGAACGUAUUUAAUUACAUUAUGUUAACUUUUCUAUAUUCUGUUCUUUUUUUAAAAGAGAAAAAAGAAAAAAUAACAGAGUAAAAGAAUUUUCUAUUGUCUCACUAAUAUAUCAAUAUUAAAUCAAUAACUAUAUUUACUGCAUGCCUUUAAUAGCUUAGGCAAUCUUAUAUAGAAUGAUUUUAAGAUAUACAGGACAUAAAGUACAGAAUUCAUGUGUUUUGUUAAAAUUGUUACGUUAAAAAAACUGCGAUUAAAUUUUUGAUUUGUUUAUUCAAAAAAUAAGUACUUAGGAAAGUAAUGAAAUUAUGCAGUUACGAUUCACAUGCUUAAAAUUUUAUUUUUCUUAUAGUUUUUAUUACACAUUACGAAAACGAAAAA